AUGGAGGCUGCAUUCAAGAGUGACCCAAAUGAUGAAGAAACUUUGAGAGCUAUUGAUCUUUUAUUGGCAUUCAGUAGUUAUGAAUUUAGUGGGAACAGCCCUUUCGGGAAUUUCUCUGGAAAAGGCCAGAGAAAUUUCCAUAAUUUGCUUGACACCAAGAGUGAAGGCAAGCAAAGCAUGUUGCUCAGGCGUCUGACCAUCCUUGGAAAUACCGGUUUCAAAACUACCAGUGGUGGAGUUGAUGAAAUCACAAUGGCCAGGAGCAUCAAUGACAAUGCAGUAGUAUUUUGUGAUUAUGGAUUUGGUUACUUGAAAUUGUGGAUUGAAAUUGAAUGUGGAAGUGCAGGAGGGUUGCUAUGUAUUUGGAGGCCACAAGUGUUUGAGCUAAAAGACUGCUGCAGCAGUAAGCACUUCAUUCUACUCUCAAGUACCUUGGCUCAACAUUUUGAUUAUGUGAUUGUUAAUAUAUAUGCUCCAAAUGAGGUGUUGGGGAGAAAGAAGCUAUGGGAUUCCCUUGUGUGCUUACAACCCCAUUUUCCAAAUCCAUGGUGUGUGGGUGGUGAUUUUAACAAAAUCAGAUUAUUGAGUGAGAGGAAAGGGUGUUCAAGAAGAGAGAGGGGGAUGAAGGAGUUCAAUGAGUUUGUGGAACAGUUGGAGUUGUCUGAUUUGCCUAUGUUAGGCAGAAAAUUUACUUGGUGUAAUGCAUUGGAAGGGGAUAGGUGGAGUAGGAUAGAUCGUUUUUUAUUAGACUCCCUUUGGAUGGAAAUUUUUUCAUUUAAUCAAUGGGGAUUACCUAGAACAAUUUCAGACCAUUCUCCAAUUUUGUUGAAGGAAUAUGAUGGGGAUUGGGGUCCUAAGCCAUUCAAAUUCAUUAAUGCUUGGACAUCAUAUCCUACAUUCUUGACUGAAAUCAAGCACAUUUGGGAGGUCACACAGGUUUCAGGAUGGGCAGGGUAUAGAUUAAUGAGGAAGCUAUCCUCCUUACGGGGUCACUUAAGGGUGUGGAAUAGGGAGGUGUUUGGUAAUAUUGAUACUAUGUUGAGGUCAGUAGAACAAGAACUACAUGAAUGGGAUUUGAAGGCAGAAAUUAGAUCUCUGGAUGUGCUGGAAACAAUAAGAAGGAGAGAGGUUAGAAGUCAGGUAUGGAAGCUUAGUAGGGAUAAGGAAAGAAUAUGGCAUCAAAAGUCUAGAUUGUUGUGGGCUAGGUGUGGUGUCAGAAAUACUAGAUUUUUCCAUCUUAUGGCAAGUAGUAGGCAGAGAGUGAACUUGAUAGAUUCUGUGACAGUGGAGGAAGUGAGACAUGAGGAUCCAACUCAGGUGAAACAAGCAGUGCUUAGUCAUUUCAGAAACCAUUUUGUUCAAAGUUGGACUUCUAGGCCACAAAUUUCUGGACCUUUUGUUACAAUUUCUCUGGAGGUGGCAGUGGGUUUAGAAGCAAUGUUUACUGAAGAAGAGAUCUGA